AUGAUGAAUGCUGCGUGUUUGGCUAGGGCCCGGGUGGCUGCUGCUCGGUCUGUGGCUCAGAGUUUUGGAAAGAGGUACUCUUAUUCUACUGCUCCUCCUAAGGAGAGCUUCCUUACAAUGCUGCGUACCACGCUUGGUAUGGACCCCCCACUGCCACCCGAUUACCCCACUGAGAAGAACCGGUUCCACCCGUGGGACCAGUCCCCAUCACAAGAGUUGCAGGCCCGUGCAGCUUUCAUCAAGUCUCAUGCCAAGUGCCCUAUGACGGGUCUCAACAUUGACUACACGUGUCCCAAGUCUGGUAUUCCUACUCACCACUCGCGUGAAGCUUGGGAACAAGACAAGUAUUACCACGAGUCGGAACUUCCGGAACUUCUUAAAAAAGCCAAUAUGUAUGAACAUGAUUUGCGUUCUGGUCGAGCAUUCCCUGAGUUUGAUUUCCCUGGUGUCCAAUACCGUGAUGCUGUGGUCAAUUAUCUUAACUGGGACACGUUUUUCUACACACGCGAGUUUUACUCCAUGGAUAAUGAGUUCAAUCUUGCUGCUGUCACCAAGAUGCUUACGUACCCUGUGACAAUGGCCAGUUUGCUGGCUGAGUACUCUCCCUAUAAUCUGAGUCCCAAGGGACCCAUUACCCUUGAAGGUCUCAAGUCUCUUGCCGCAAUGCGCUACACUCUGUGGCCCAAGGAUCGCACCAAGUCGUGGCAGGAUCGUCCUGUGCGCUUCUUUUUGCUUGGUGCACGCUCAGAGUCUCAACUUCCAGCCCAUGUAUGGAAGCAGCUCUCAUACCUGCUUCCCUAUACUGAAUUUGAGCUUGUGUUUGUGGGGCCUGAGGCUUACUAUGACAAUACUCGCAAUCGCUAUGUUAAGAGUGAUACGAAAAUUUCGCACCGCAUCGAUAACCGCAUGAUUUUCACUUACUACACGGAUUAUUUCCACGUGCUGCAUGAGGCCAAGGAUUUGUUCCCUUAUGAUCCUUAUCUUGACAUGUUUUUCCUGUUCCACCCUGGUUUGGGUGCCCCAGAGGCCAUGGAUCAGUGGGAGAAGUCUAUUCCUGGUCUGCUUGAAUCCAAGUGUGCUGUGUUUGCGACUGGUUUCCACGAGGCCGACAUGCGCCGCGAUUGGGAGUGGCUUAUGAGCAAAUAUUCCGACGAACUGGAUGUGCUCAUGGAACCCACGCCUAAUAUUUUUGGAUCGCUUAAGUGGGAGGUUAAUGACCUGAACCCUCGUGAAGUGUAUGAGUUUAAUCAGCAGCUUUAUGGGUUCCGUGGUAAGCGAUACCAUGCCAUUCUGCGAUAA